UUGGAAGAACUUGACAUUUCAAGCAAUAACUUAUUCGGGCAGAUUCCUGAAUUCUUAGGCAAGCUUGGAGCACUUAAGUAUCUCAAUCUUUCUUAUAAUGAUUUUGAAGGCGAGUUGCCUAAAGAAGGAAUUUUUUCAAAUGUCAGUGGUGUCUCGGUUCUUGGAAAUUAGAGGCUCUGUGGUGGCAUCCCACAAUUACAUCUACCUGCAUGCCCCAAAAACAAACACCAUUCAUCUCGAGGACUACUUUCCCCAAAAGUAGUCAUCCCUAUAUCUUGUGCACUUGUAUUCAUAAUUGCUCUAUCAUGCUUCUUUAGUGCUCGUUCAAUGCUGAAAAAGUCGAGAGAAGGACUUGUAACUUCACGUUCUUAUAAGGAUUGGAAAUUAGGUGUUUCCUACUCACAACUUGUUGAAUCAACUAAUGGUUUCUUGGUGGAUAAUUUGAUUGGUUCGGGAAGUUUUGGUUCUGUUUAUAAAGGGGUAAUUCCUAGCGAUGGAACGGUAGUUGCUGUUAAGGUAUUAAACCUUCAACAACAAGGAGCGUCCAAGAGUUUCAACGAUGAAUGCAAAGCUUUAAGAAGUGUCAGGCACAUAAAUCUUCUCAAGAUCAUAACUGCAUGCUCGAGCAUUGAUAAUCAUGGUAAAGACUUCAAAAGUCUAGUCUUCAAGUUCAUGCCAAAUGGAAGUCUUGACUCGUGGUUGCAUCCUAGAGAUGAGGAGCAAUCUCCAAGUAAGAGAUUGAAUUUUAUGCAAAGAUUGAACAUAGCCAUUGAUGUUGCUUCUGCGUUAGAUAACCUCCACAACCAUUGUGAAACGUCCAUUGUUCAUUGUGAUCUAAAGCCGAGCAAUGUACUUCUUGAUGAAGACAUGGUAGCCCAUGUUGGGGACUUUGGUUUAGCAAGGUUCCUCUUGGAAGCAUCAAAUGAUCCUUCCCUCAGUCAAACAAUGUCAUCGCAACUAAAAGGUUCUAUAGGUUACAUUCCUCCAGAGUAUGGCAUGGGAGGCCAAGUUUCCAUACAGGGAGAUGUUUACAGCUACGGGAUACUUUUGCUAGAAAUGUUCACAGGAAAAACACCUACUAAUAAUAUGUUCAUCGAAGGUCUAAGCAUUUACAAAUUCGCAGCCAUGGCUUUGCCCAACCAUGUCAUGGACGUUGUUGACCCUUCAUUGGUCCUCGACCUCGAAGCUGAUGGAAAAAACAAGUUCGCAGAUCAAUCUCAUUGUUUACGAAUGUAUAUUAAAUAA